AUGGAAACAUUCCUAUUGUCCGAACAGGAGGGCCACGAGAGGCAGCGUGCCCAGCUCCUCACCAGGGCCUCAGUUGCAGAGAAGCAGGUGUUAGAGCUGCAGUAUGUUGACAAGUAUCUGGGCAGGUAACAACAGCACUGUUGCCAUAUGUUUGGAGCUGUCUAGUUACUAAAAGAACAUAGCUAAUUAAAAGAGACAUGAUGUCUGUACUGUCUAUUCCAGUUUGAUACUUACAGUGCCUUGCAAAAGUAUUCAUCCCCCUUGGCGUUUUUCCUAUUUUGUUGCAUUACAAACUGUAAUUUAAAUGGAUUUUUAUUUGGAUUUCAUGUAAUGGACAUACACAAAAUAGUCCAAAUUGGUGAAGUGAAAUUUAAAAAAUAACUAAAAAAUAAAUCAUGGAAAGUUGUGUGUGCAUAUGUAUUCACCCCCUUUGCUAUGAAGCCCCUACAUGACUUCCAGUUGAAGCUCGCAUCUGCUACAAGACCAUGGUGCUUGCCUACGGAGCUGUGAGGGGAACGGCACCUCCGUACCUUCAGGCUAUGAUCAGUCCCUACACCCAAACGAGGGCAUUGCGUUCAUCCACCUCUGGCCUGCUGGCUCCCCUACCUCUGCGGAAGCAUAGUUCCCGCUCAGCCCAGUCAAAACUGUUCGCUGCUCUGGCACCCCAAUGGUGGAACAAGCUCCCUCACGACGCCAGGACAGCGGAGUCACUCACCACCUUCCGGAGACAUUUGAAACCCCACCUCUUUAAGGAAUACCUGGUGACGACGAACGCCGAAGCCUGCCCGAACAAGGAGAGGAGGCAGCUUCCUCACCUCACUCCUUUCCAGUGCGUGUUGAGGAAUCAGCCAGCCGUGGCACCUUUGCAUCCGAGCCAGACCGAGGCCCCUGCAGUGGACGAGUGGUUUCGGCACGCUGAGGAGAUCUGGAAUGCUGCGCACACUCGUCUCCAGCGGGCCGUGCGUCGGCACAAGGAACAGGCAGACAUCCACCGCAGUAAGGUGCCUGUUUUCUCUCCAGGCGACCGGGUCUGGCACUCCACCCGGAACCUGCCCCUCCGUUUGCCCUGCCGGAAGCUGAGCCUGCGGUUUGUGGGGCCGUUUAAAGCCCUGAGGAGGGUUAAUGAGGUAACGUACCAUUUGCAACUCCCUGCUGAUUACCGCAUUAACCCGACUUUUCAUGUGUCUCUCCUUAGGCCAGUGGUGCCUGGUCCCCUCGCUGAGGCUGGACCCAGUGACGCUGGUGCUGGGUUCCUGCGGUGGACAUCCUGGACGCUUCGCUGA